AUUACAACAAACAAACAAACACCAUCAUCACACCUCACCUCGUGAUUCCACCACCCCCUCCCCCCUCCCUUUCUUUUCCACUCCAAGAUGCCCGCCAUUCUCUCCGUAAACUCACCACCACUUUAAUCCCCAUCAUAUCACUGCUUCACUUAAUCCCACCACAAUGCGAAACACCACAUUUAAAAAUCACGCCAACAUCACACCGUCAUUAUCAUCAUCAAGACUCCCACCGAACAGCAGCUAUCAUCAUCAUCAUCGAGAUGCUUCUCCUGACUCCGUAAUUAUCUCAAAUUUCAGCUUAUUUUCUUCUUCUGCUUCUGUUUCUGCUUCAGCUUCCGUUGACCGAUGUUCUUCCGCUUCCGAUGCACUUGAUCGCGAUUCUGUCGUCUCCGAUAUGUCUUUGCAUUUGUCUGGACGUGGCUUCAUUCCAGAUCCAGAUCCAAACACUACUACUAAUAUUAAUAAUAGUUCCACAGUUCUUAGAACUAAGAAAGUUGAAAAACCACUAGAAACUGAUGGUGAGAAUAAUCAAACCAUAGAUUCAGCUAGAAGCUCUUUCUCACAAGCUAUUAAAGAAUGCAAAAGCCGGAAGACGAGAUCUGAGAUACUUUUAAGGAAGUCUGACAGGAGACGGCCAACGUCGUUGGAUCUGAAUAAUCAAGUGAUGAAUGCGACUAGUUCUUCUCCACGGCUUCUUAUGAAAAGUGCUGUUUCGAGUAGGAGAGCUGGAAUGUUUCCAAGUCCAGUGACGCCGAAUUAUCGUCCUGUAAGUGGUGGGAUACAGAAAGGGUGGAGUUCGGAGCGGGUUCCUUUACAUACAAAUGGGAACAGGAGGCAAGUGAAUUCAGGGUUGAUGUCGUAUACUAGUGGAAGGACGUUGCCUUCCAAAUGGGAAGAUGCUGAGAGGUGGAUAUGUAGUCCGGUUGCAGGUGAUGGUGGGUUGAGGAAUCCAGUUCAGCAACAGCAGAGACGACCCAAGUCAAAGAGUGGGCCUCUUGGGCCUCCUGGAUCUGCAUACAAUCCAAUUUAUUCACCUGCAGUGCAUACGUUUGAUGGUGGGAACUUUGGGAAUUUGCUCACUGGAUCGCCUUUUUCGAGUAGAAUAAAUGAUGGUGAAGGUUUGUCGAUUCAGUAUCAUGAUCGGCAUGGCAGCAGUGGGAACUUUCCUUCAUUGAAUGAGCCUUGUAUGGCAAGAUCAGUCAGUGUACAUGGUUGCUCUGAAUCACUGAGUCAGUCAUUGUUGCGUAUAACUCAAGAUGGUAAAAUUGGUUUGGUCACGGAUGCUUCUACCAACGUUUCUCGUGAUGUUUCAAGGAGAGAUAUGGCAACCCAAAUGAGCCCUGAGGGUAGUCCCUACUCAUCUCCCAUGGGGAGGCAUUCUAUCUCCCUGUCAACUUCUAUAAUACCUGUUGAGGAGAUCCGUACCUCUAAAGCAGAUGUCAGGGAUGUACAAGUAGAUGACCAGGUCAGUUUGUCAAGGUGGUCUAUGAAAAGUAGAACUCGGAUUCCAGGUAGACGGUCUGGCUCAGAAAUGGUGGAUGAUUGGAAAAGAAAAGCCCUCGAGGUUCGAUCUGCGGAUUGGGAAGUUUCGGAGAUGACCAAAAGCCUCUCAAAGGUUAAACGAGAAGAAGCUAAAAUUACUGCUUGGGAGAACCUGCAGAAAGCUAAAGCAGAAGCAUCUAUACGGAAACUUGAGAUGAAACUGGAAAAGAAGAGAUCAUCGUCAAUGGAUAAGAUCAUGAGCAAACUACGAUCAGCUCAGAAGAAGGCUCAAGAAAUGAGAGGGUCAGUUUUAUCUAACCAGUCCCAGCAUCAGUUAUCUAGAUCUUCUUCACGCAAAUCCAUCUCACUCAUCAGAACACCGCAAAUAGGUUCCUUGAGUGGCUGCUUUACAUGCCAUGCAUUUUGACAAGCUAGCUGUUCUCAAAACAAUAGGCAAUUUCUGUUUGCUUGUGUUAAAUCUUUGUAAUCAUCUCUGGAUGCCUCAUAUAAUUUGUUUCCAGAUUAAACAUUAUUCAAAUUUAUCCUUUUGUAGCAGUCUUAUAAAUGAAUUUGUAUUCUGUCA